AUGCCACACCGGGUCAGCAGCUUCCUCCGCAACCCCUCGGCCUCCCUCGAAGCACAAGUCGCCAGCCUCAAGAAAGCCACCGUCCGGCGCCCCUCGCCCAAGCCGCACUCCUCGGCGUCCUCCUCCUCGUCCAUCCGCGCCGCCCACGGCCACCGCACCUUUUCGUACGCCUCCUCUCUCGGCGACGACGACGCAUCCGACGAUCACCACAGCAGCAGCAGCGGCGGCGUGGUAACACCGCCAGCAUCCACAUCCACACACGCAUCCACGGCACACGACCAGCAGCAGCCGGGGCACCACGGCACUAUGAAGACCAUGACGUCGCUCCAGCGCGCGUCCUCUACCGAGCGGCGCGAAGCCGCGGCAGCUGCCGAGCACGGCGUCCACCACCGCCUGUCCUUUGGGCCGCUGCACUUUGGCCGCUCCAGCCGCGAUUCGCACGUCAGCGCCAACAUGACGCUCGACUGGAAGGUCGAGUCGCCGCCCAUUGUGCUGUACGGUGACGCCGAGAACAGCACGGGUGCGCUCGUGUCCGGCCUGCUGUUCUUGACCGUCAAGGACGAGCCCGUCCACCUCGACUCCUUUAUCGCCACCCUCAACAUCCACACCACCCAGAAGCGGCCCUACACCGCACACUGCCACAACUGCAUCCACCAGUACCAGGAACUGCAAAAGUGGUCGUUUGUCCAGGGCCCGCUGAUCCUCACAAAGGGCCGGCACGGCUUCCCCUUCUCGGUGCUGCUCGCCGGCCACCUGCCCGCCAGCAUGGACGGCCAGCUGGUGUCCAUUGCCUACGAGUUCCACGCCGAGGCCGUGCCAAAGGCCGGCUCGGGCCUGCCCGUCAAGCUCGAGAAGCUGUUUGACGUCAAGCGCUCGCUGCCCGCGCCCGAGCUGCCACACCACUCCGUUCGCAUCUUUCCGCCCACCAACAUCAAGGCCAGCGUGCACUUCCCCCAGGUCAUCUACCCCAUUGGCCAGAACACGCUGUCGCUGCGCAUCGACGGCGUCGCCCGCCUCAACGAAAGGUCCAAGACGCUCGAGUUCUGGAAGCUCAAGAAGCUCACCUGGCGCCUCGAAGAGACGGCCAAGACCAUCGCCCCUGCCUGCAAGAAGCACGCCCCGCGGCCGGCCGACGACGCAGAGUCUGCGUCUGCCGCGCCCCCCACCGGCGUCCAGCGCGCCGACACGCGCAUCAUUGGCGAAAAGACGCUGCUGAGCGGCUGGAAGAGCAACUACAGCGGGGCCGAGGACGCCAGUGUCGAGCUCGAGCUCGACUACCUGCUCGGCAAGAACGCCAAGUACUCGUGCGACACGCACACCCGCGACGGCACCGAGGUCACGCACCAGCUCAUGCUCGAAAUGGUCGUCUCCCAAGAAUGGGCCCCCGCCAACAAGCCCUCCAUGGUCACCCAGACCGGCGUCGGCCGCAUCCUGCGCAUGCACUUUACCGACAUCCUGACACAGCGCGGCGGCAUCGGCGUGUCCUGGGACAACGAGGCCCCGCCCAUCUACCAGGACGUGCCGCCCAGCCCGCCCUGCUACAGCGAAGAGAUCCGCGGCGGGCAGGCCGCGCUGCCCGACUACAUCGAGCCGCUCGACACUGUCCGAUCAUGA